AUGCAGUUUCGUCUCUUCUCCUUUGCCCUCAUCAUCCUGAACUGUAUGGAUUACAGCCACUGCCAAGGCAAUCGAUGGAGACGCAGUAAGAGAGGUGGACAGCAAAGUCCCAGUGCUAGUUAUGUAUCAAAUCCCAUUUGCAAGGGAUGCUUGUCUUGUUCAAAGGACAAUGGGUGCAGCCGAUGUCAACAGAAGUUAUUCUUCUUUCUUCGAAGAGAAGGCAUGCGCCAGUAUGGAGAGUGCCUGCAUUCCUGCCCAUCCGGGUACUAUGGACACCGAGCCCCAGAUAUGAACAGAUGUGCAAGAUGCAGAAUAGAAAACUGUGAUUCUUGCUUUAGCAAAGACUUUUGUACCAAGUGCAAAGUAGGCUUUUAUUUGCAUAGAGGCCGCUGCUUUGAGGAAUGUCCAGAUGGUUUUGCACCAUUAGAUGAAACCAUGGAAUGUGUGGAAGGAUGUGAGGUUGGCCAUUGGAGUGAAUGGGGAACUUGUAGCAGAAAUAAUCGCACAUGUGGAUUUAAGUGGGGUCUGGAAACCAGAACACGGCAAAUUGUUAAAAAGCCAGCAAAAGACACGAUACCAUGUCCAACGAUCGCUGAAUCCAGGAGAUGUAAGAUGGCCGUGAGGCAUUGUCCAGGAGGGAAGAGAGUGCCAAAGGCAAAGGAGAGAAAGAACAAGAAGAAGAAGAAGCUGAUAGAAAGAGCCCAGGAGCAACACAGCGUCUUUCUAGCUACAGACAGAGCUAACCAGUAA